ACAAACACGACAAAAACAAAAGUAAAGCGAGAGAAAAAAGAGAGAGAGACAUGGAUCUUGAUUGGGUAGCAACUUUUUUCAAGAACGACGAAUGGCUGAUAGAUUAUCUCAAAGGCAUGGUGAAGCCUGCAGCGGCUCUCUCGGUUGUGCUUCUAGCCGUGGCUCUCUCCUACUCGCAGAAACUCUCUUUGGAAGGUGACAUGAUCUACUCUGUUUUCAGAUCGUUUAUUCAGCUCUCCGUUAUAGGGUUCGUUCUUCAGUUCAUUUUCAACCAAGAAAACGCAGGCUGGAUCAUCCUUGCUUAUCUUUUCAUGGUCUCUGUCGCCGGUUACACCGCCGGACAACGUGCCAAGCACGUGCCACGUGGGAAAUACGUGGCUGGAAUAGCUAUCCUCUCCGGAACUGCAAUCACAAUGUUCCUCCUCAUCGUCCUCAACGUCUUUCCUUUCACUCCAAGGUACAUGAUCCCUGUGGCCGGAAUGAUGGUCGGAAACGCCAUGACGGUCACCGGAGUUACCAUGAAACAGCUACGAGACGACAUCAAGAUGCAACUUAACCUGGUGGAGACAGCAUUGGCACUAGGAGCAACGCCAAGACAAGCGACGUUGCAACAGGUGAAGAGAGCUUUGGUGAUAUCUCUAUCUCCGGUUUUGGAUAGCUGCAAAACCGUUGGUUUGAUCUCUCUGCCAGGAGCCAUGACCGGUAUGAUAAUGGGCGGUGCGUCGCCUCUUGAAGCUAUCCAAUUACAGAUAGUUGUGAUGAACAUGAUGGUUGGAGCUGCCACAGUUAGUAGCAUCAUGUGUACUUAUCUUUGUUGGCCAUCUUUCUUCACUAAAGCAUAUCAGUUACAAACUCAUGUCUUCUCAAGCUGAAGCUUGUCUGAAAUUGAAAACCCAAUUAUUUUGUCUUAUUGUUUUUAUAAAUUAUACACAUUAACCAAACAGAU